AUGAACCACACGAUCAAACGCCUGUGCCGUGCAGCUCCGUCUGCGCCGGGCUCCCGGCUUCUUGUGGGCUCUGUCUCUCGUCGCUCCUACGCCUUCGCCUCUGGCGGUGGUGGCGCCCAGGCGUUCCAGGUCUUCAACCGCCGCACAAAAUGGUUGCAAAAGGAGCGUGCCGCCUCGAAUCUUGAGUCCAGCCGGCAGGCCGACUACCUGAAGGAUGAGGUCGCAAAUCGGCUCUGCGAAAGGUUACUUGACAUCAAGCGAAGAUUCCCCCGCGUUCUCGACCUCGGCGCAAACUCGUGCAACAUCGCCCGCGCCCUCACUCGUGAGAACCCCGACCCGGACCCCGCGAAGCCUAUAACCCCGCCCCUAUCUACGCGUAUUGACGAACUCGUCGCCGCCGAGUCCUCCCACGCCCUCCUGCAUCGCGAUGCCGACCUCUCAUUCAACACCGACAUCAACAUCACCCGCCAUGUCCUCGUCGACGAGGAGCACGUCCCUUUCCCCCCCGAAUCCUUUGAUCUUGUCAUGAGCUCCCUGAGCCUGCACUGGAUCAACGACCUCCCCGGCGUCCUGACCCAGAUCAACAAUGUCCUGAAGCCCGACAGUCCCUUUAUCGGUGCCAUGCUUGGCGGCGACAGUCUGUUCGAGCUGCGCACUUCGCUUCAGCUUGCAGAGCAGGAGAGGCGCGGCGGAAUCUCGCCCACGUCUCGCCGCUCGCUGACGUCCGCGACGUGGGCGGGCUGA